UCCCGACCGAUACGCGGUGAUAGCGAAAUGUUAUAAAGUGCGCGACGCGCCUUUCCUCGCAUGCAGACGUGGAAAUCCGUGUUGGCUGCGACAUUCGUCGACCUCCGGGGAGAGCCGUGCCUCCGCGCGCGGACCAAUCGCGGACCGGUCCUUUCACCGGUCGGAAUUCGAUACUCGUGCUGAAAAGGCCGAUUACCGGCUAUCCUAUUCCCUUUCGACUCGCGCCGCCGAGAGCCGACAACGUGCGCGAGCGAGAUUGGAUCGCGACCUCGUCGAAGGCCCGCCUGCUGCUCCUUUCGUCGCGGAGGAUCGCCGAGGACCGGACGUGCGGCCCGCGAGUCUCCCUGCAGGAUCGUCGUUCACCCAUGAGUCUCUCGAUCGCGCGAUCGCCCCGUUAACUCUGGUCGCUGUCUGGCUCGUGAUUAGCGCGCUAUCGUGGCCGAUAAGAACGCGUGAAAUAUGUUGACGUGUUACAUGACCGCGCUGCAAUGCGAGUGGAUCGAGAAUCGCAGGCGGUGGAAUUCCGCCGGUCCGCCGCAAUCGCGACUGAGGAACAACGUCAACGUCGAAGGCGCCACUCACAAGCAGGUGGUGGAUCUGAUCAAAUCGGGCGGCGACGUCCUCACCCUGACCGUCAUCUCCGUGACGCCGCAGGAGGCGGAGAGACUGGAGCCCUGCGAGGAUCUCAGCUACGCAUCGGUGGACUACAGCGAGAAGCGAUCUCUGCCCAUCAGCGUGCCGGAUUAUCACGUCCGCGAGAGGAAGCACGAGCGUUUCGUAGUCUUCAACGUCCACAUGGCCGGCAGGCACUUGUGCUCGCGCCGAUAUCGGGAAUUCGCGGCGUUGCAUAUGGCGCUGAAGAAGGAAUUCAUAGGCUUCAAUUUUCCGAAGCUGCCGGGAAAAUGGCCAUUCCAAUUGAGCGAGCAGCAGCUUGACGCGAGAAGACGCGGCCUGGAACAGUAUUUGGAGAAGGUUUGCGCUGUGCGCGUCAUAGCGGAGAGCGAUGCCAUGCAGGAGUUUUUGACGGAUCGACUGGAGGAGGACGGCGAUCAGGGCCCGGCGGUUGAUCUCAAGGUUCUGCUACCCGAUCGCGAAGUCGUCACCGUCACCGUUCCCAAGGCGGCGUCGGUGAAGGACGUCUACGACGCGGUUUGCUGCCGAGUCGGCUUGGACGCGGAAACCGCCAAGUACUUUUACCUGUUCGAGAUCGUCGAGUACAAUUUCGAGAGAAAGCUGCAACCUCACGAACACCCGCAUACUUUGUACAUUCAGAAUUAUUCGACCGCCAGCGCGACGUGUCUGGCGGUGAGGAGGUGGCUUUUCAAUAUAAAUAGGUCUCUGAGCGAGCAGGCAUUGACUUGGAUAUUUUGGCAGACAAUCGACGAAGUCAACAGGGGUCACAUCACCGCGGGAGAACGAUUGUAUCAGCUGAAAGCUCUGCAGGAUGCGUCGAGAAAGCACGAGUAUCUGAAAUUGGCGAGGGAACUCAGCGGGUACGGCGACAUUGUGUUUCCACACUGCGCGUGCGACUCGAGGAAGGAGGGCCACGUGGUGCCGGCGGUAGGCACGGCGACCUUCAAGUUGCACGCCGCGAAGGAGGACGGCACCCUGGAGUCGCAGGUGGUCGAGUUCCAAUGGAGCACCAUCGCCCGGUGGGAAGUGGACGAGGACGGGAUGGCAUUCUGCUUCCAAUACACACGCCAGGACAAUCGUCCACCCCGCUGGCUCAAGGUCUUCACCCCUUACUAUACGUUUCUCUCGGAUUGCUUCGAUCGAAUAGCCGAGGAAGCGAAGUGGGACGACCCAGGGGAAUGACGUAACGUACGACGCUAAAAGGUAUCCGGGUCCUGUAAAACGGGGUCCUUUCAUGGGAUAUCUCGUGCUCGUCUCUCCGUAGUCGAAAUUUUGUUUCUUACUAGGAUUAGAGCAAGUCUUUAGAAACGGUACCGAGUUAGCGUAGCACCUUUAGCAUAUCAAAUUUUCCAUCUGUUGGCUUCGCCGGACAUUAAUGCUGUGCACCGAGAGAGCAUUUGCCCAACAUUGUCAUCGAAAGAGUCAAAUGCACCCGUGCAAGAAUAGAUGGAAUCUCGGUGAAAGAAACGCUUCUACCAGAGAAACAAAAUUCGAUCGAAUACUGCAACGCUCGCACGUAAUUUAAUCGAGAGCGAAAUGUGAUGUAUAAAUUUAAACGCGGAUUUAUAUUGUACGCCGUGCUCGUCUACGACCUGGCGAGGCAAUCUUGACGCAGCUCGAAUCAGAAAAUAAAUCUGGUUCUUACGUAUGCGAUAUAGCUGAGAUUUUUGUUUCGUCGAUAAAACACGUGUCGUUUUUCCUUCGUUACGAUCAACAAAAUUGCACACGCGAUGACAUGUAAGAGAAUUAGUGUACAGAUACACGUAGACUAUUAUUAUAACUGCGGGGAUACGGUCGCGUCCGCCUAGAAACCACCUAUCCUUCUGGCCUACGAAUUAUGUAUACAGCACGCACCUCGUUUUCCGGCGAGAGAAUCGAUCGUCUUACAUAAAACGUUCCUUUUUGUUCGCCUAAUAGACCCGAAACUCCCUUUCGUUAGAUCUGCGUAUCGAUCGUGCGUUUAAACGACAGAAACGAUAUAUCCUGUGCAUUUUCUAAUGUGCAAUAUUUUAUAAUAAAUCAAUAAUAAUUUGUCAAUUCGUUACGCAGGAUAUUUUAAAACGAGAGGCACCGCUUUCGCACGUUUGUAAGGGAUCUCAAUAGUAUCGAUAGCGCGUUCAAUUUAUCGCUGUGGUAGUUCUCAUCCAUAUUUUUUGCAAGCAGGCAAGAUUUGUAAGAUAAAAAAGCCACAGAAGUCUGGGAGAAAAGAAGAAAUAGAUACAUAUCAUAUUCAUCGACGACUUCAUUGUAAGCAGAAACGGAUUCUUAUUUUCCUUUUAAACUAUCCUGUGUAACAAACGGAUUCCUAACACACGCUUGGCUAUGGCUGGUGCCACGUGUCCCGUAAUCGAUAUGUAAUAUAUCGAUCAGUCCUCUACACGUUUUGUUAGUUCAUUAGUAUGUAUAAAGUAUUAGCGUCGAUAAAUGGUAGAAGAAACUGUACAUAUUAACAUUACAAAUAUAUAUACUUUUUGAGAAGAAACUCAGUUGUGUAUGUGUGUAUGCGUGCGUUUUGAUAAGAUCGAUAAUGACUUGAUCGCAAAAUUAAUAACUGGGUGUCGCGUAACGCUGAACCGACGAUCUGAUACGCGAAAUCACCAAGUGAACCGGAGGAUGUAACAAGAGUCGAGGACUAUUUUUAAAUCGACGUUCGCGACUGAGAAACUUUAUCUCGGGCUACUCCCCCCUCAAUGAACUUGUAAAGAUAUUAUACAGUGAGAGAAAUGCGGUGUUACUGCUCAUCUUUCGAUUACGUAAGCGUGAACGGAAUUUAGUAAAGGAGGAAGAGGCGUAAAAAAAAAAAUAACAACUCGGAACAAUAAUGUAAUAGAGUCGUGUGUGGUAAUGGUAUCCUCUAUUACCUUGUACGAAGAAAAAAUAAUACUCAUUAAUAAUGUUAAAAAGACGUAUUGAUAAUAACAGCAAGUAAGAAACAUAUAAGGAUAACGUUUAGCACCAACUCUGCGCGUUGCGGGAUUUUGUAAAAGGCCGUAAUACGCAUUUGGCAUAGAUAUCCACAGUAGAAAGCGAAUAUUUGGGGCGAUUUUUUAUUCCUUGCACACGAUUAUGAUGCUCAUGAUCUGACCGUUGGUUUUUUCCACUCUUCUUCUUUCCUUCCUUCCUUUUUCGUUCCUCCGCGCAUGCAUCCUGCUUUCUCGCAGCACUCGAACCCACUCGUUCUAAACAUGCCGCUUACUUAACUGAGAGCAGUUUCAGCAGAUAAUAAAUAGAAAGAUAGAUAUAUUAUUACCGUUAACGUUUUUAAACUUUAUUCAUGGAGUAUCGAGCGCGUGCGACGAAUGGAAAAUGUGUAUGUGUGUUGCAAUGUAAAAUCCGAAUGACAAGAGAGAAGAUAAAAAUAUAUAUAUGCUCGCGAGAGAGCAUAGUUAUGAUACUGUUAAUGAUAAUAGAAAUAUAGAGCAUAAUAUAGCGUAACUAUAACCGAACGCGCGAGUAUCCAAGUGAACACUCAUACAAGACGAUCGAUAUACGAUGUGAUAUAUUCGCGCGUGCACCUAGAUAUUCGAGCGAACAAGACAGUUACAAUAAUGGUUUCUAUUGUUUUGUCGAUAGAGAAACAGAGAGAGAGAGAGAGAGAGAGAGAGAGAGAGAGAGAGAGAGGGAGAGAAUUGUGCAAAGUGAUCUGUGAAUUGUAGUUAGCAAUACGUGCGUCCGGAAAUGUUGUUAUUGGUGAUAAAUAAAUCUGAAUGAACCUUCGGGUGGUCACCCAACAUUUACAUAAUUUAGGAUCCGCAAACGAGAAAAUUCGCAAUGCAGUUCUAGUGAAUGCGUUCAAUAGUAUUUUCGCACUUCCUCUAUUUAAAGCGAUAUUACUGAAAUACGAAAAACCCGAAGGUCUCAUUGGUUAUUAUAUCACCGGCAGCAGAAAGAUUCUCUCGAAAUAACGCGUCAAGACCUUUCGUGGUUUCGUUGAUCGGUGAAUAAUUAAGUAAUCGAGUGAAUAAUUUUCGAAUCGGAAGAGAAUGUCUGCGGUAGCGGAGCAGCCCACGUGUUUAGAGUAUGGCAAUAAUAUUUAUAAAGAAACUGAGUGUGUUAAUUGGUAGCGAAUAUUUUUCGAGAAAAUCGUACGGGGUGAUUGCAGAGAUACGUCCAAGUUGAAUUUGAGACUUCUGAUGCGAAAGAUCUGAAGAUAGUCGGGUUAAUGAUAUUUUGUACAGUUUUGUAAAAUUAUCUUUAUCUUGCAGUAUUUUUUUAUUGCAAUUCGGUCAUUGCCUUACGACAGUUUUAGUGUCGUAAGCCGAGCGAAUGCGUCGAGAAGUUGCCUUUUAUUUCGAGAGGCCGUUCGACAAAAGAUUUCGUUUAUUUUGUAUUCGUUCGUUUUGCAAAAUGUCUCUCACUAGGAAACGAAUCGAUUUGUUCAAUCGUUUGUUAUCGCAUUAAUUAGCGUGCUAACGAGCCUGUCAAACACAGAAUGACGAAUUAGAUAGUAUAAUUUAAUUAUUGUUAUUACAAGACCAUAUCAUUACGGUUAACUCUUUAGGCGUUAAUUAAAAUAUUCCGUAUAAUCAUAGUACGUAAUAACAAAUGCUCCAAUUUACCGUAUAACAUCAGUUCGCGAAACGUUUGCUGUAAAACUAGUAUUUCGAGUUAGCGAGAGAGGUAUUAUUCAAUUUCUUUAUGAGCCAUCUUAUUGAGAAGCGUAUAAUAAAAGCAGAAGAAAU